CGGCAAGGCCGCAGGAAAGCGUCGCCAUCUCCAUAACAACGCGGGGCAUGCCGGGAGCGCGGCACUUCCGGCGGAUAGCGGUGCGGAGCCAUGGCGGAACCGGCGCCUCCCGGGGGGUCUCAGCCCCACGCCCGGCGCCUGGCGGCGCUGCUGAACCGCAGCCUGCGGGUCCGCAUGUCGGACGGUCGCACCCUGGUGGGAACCUUCCUCUGCACCGACCGUGACGCCAACAUCAUCCUCGGCUCCGCGCAGGAGUUCCUCAAGGCUGCAGAUGCGUUCCCAGGCAGCGAGCCACGUGUGCUGGGCCUGGCCAUGGUGCCGGGGCACCACAUCGUGUCCAUCGAGGUGGAGCGUGAUGCCGCCGCUGCUCUGUGCUCCUGAUGGCCGCCCUGUGGGAUGGACCCCCAAGUGUUGUGCACCUCUUGUGUACCCUAAAUCGUGAUGGACUCCAGCCAUGCAAAAUGAGCACCAGAAUUGCGAUCCCCUCGGACCCAGUAGAGCCCCCACAGUGGUUACGCUGUCACUACGUGAUGCUGUCAUUCCAGACCCCCACAAAACAGACACAGAUGCAUUUUUCUUCCCCAAACACUCCGUUUUCAACCUGAAA